GGCCGAGUGCCCGCCCUCGCUUCCACCCGAAGAGAGCUAAGCCUCUCUGCUGGGUGCCUACAGUUGGAGCACAAACGCCGAGAUUUCACCUCCGCUGGGAGUAGGAAGCUCUACUUUGACACCCAUGCCUUAGUGUGUUUAUUUGAAGAAAAUGGGUUUACUACUCAACAAGCAGAAAUCAUUGUAUCUGCAUUGGUGAAGAUCACGGAGGCCAACAUGGAUAUCGUCUACAAAGACAUGGUCACCAAGAUGCAACAGGAGAUCACUCUUCAGCAAAUAAUGUCUCAGAUUUCUAACGUGAAAAAAGAUAUGAUUAUUUUGGAGAAGAGUGAAUUUUCAGCCCUCAGAGCAGAAAAUGAGAAAAUAAAACUUGAACUACAUCAGUUAAAACAACAAAUAAUGGAUGAAGUGGUCAAGGUCCGCACAGACUCCAAAUUAGACUUCAAUCUAGAAAAGAGCAGAGUAAAAGAAUUGUAUUCAUUAAACGAAAGGAAGCUGCUGGAAAUGAGGACAGAAAUGGUGGCAUUGCAUGCCCAGCAAGAUCGGGCCGUCACCCAGACAGACAGGAAGAUAGACACUGAGGUUGCUGGCCUCAAAACCAUGCUCGAGUCGCACAAGCUUGAUAAUAUUAAAUAUUUAGCAGGGUCUGUUUUUACAUGCCUAACAGUAGCUCUGGGAUUUUAUCGCCUGUGGAUAUAAUAAAGUGUAUAUUUAAAGAGAUCUCUAUUGUUUUGCCUUGAGAAUACCAGAUUGUUGUGCUCCCCUACCCCUCGUUUCAACUUUUAACACCGAUUUUUACUUAAAGCCUAUUAUUUAUUUUAUGCAAAUUAUGGACCUAUAACCAACGCAAAGAAGUCAGGAAUUUCACAAUUGCUCCUUUUCUCGUUUUUUGUUUGGUUGACUUUAUAAUGCUGAGUGGCGGUGGACAAAACACGGAAGACUCCACUCAGCUGGAUUGGUGAACUCGGCCUAACCUGUGGGACACAGCAACAGUAAAUAUUUGUGUAACUACCAUUGUAAUCUUUUGUCACACAGAGGACUUGGGGUCUCCGUUUAAAAGGCACAGUGGCUUUACUGAGCGCUGAAGAAUCACAGAAAGUAAACCAAGAGCACCACAUCCACUUCACCUGCCCCGACCUUAGCAUCAGCGUCCCUAAUGAAACAGCUGUACUUUACUUCCAAAGGAGGGUUUUUUCUUUCAAUUGCCAUUGUCUUAGUCAGUUACUGUUAUGGGUAUUUUUAUGUGCCUUCUGGCUAGAAAAUCUUGUUGCCCGGUGAGGUGUUGUAAUUGUAAUGGGGACUCUUGUACUUGUGGGUUUCUCUCCCUCCCUCUCUCUCACUGGGCCCUUCUUCCCCUCCCUCCUGAUUGGAGAGCUAUGGUCAUACUCCACUGUGCCUGCCUGGAAAACUUGCUGAUUCUCAGCAUGGACGUCUACUUCAGUUUGUGGGAUGGGGUCUGCUUCCUCCUCGUCUUCUGCCUUUUAUACAAGGGAGGCAGUCUGGCAGCAUCUGGAUAUUUAGAGAGUGUAUGCACUUUUAGAAAUGGCCCAUUACAAGCUCAGAUCGUAGGCUUUCAAAAUUAGAAAACUCAUGCCGGGUAUCAUCUGAGUUUAGGUUGAUUUCUUUGGUUAUUAAAGAUAUUCUCAUAUCUAUCUUACCUCUAUAUUUAAGACAAAUAAAUUCCUACAUAAAAGGGUAUUUUGAGAAAGCACCAUUUCAAAAGCAUCUUAUUGGAAUGACUGGCAGGUAGGAAAAUGAGCAUUUUAGACCGGAUGACAUUGGUAGGACCUUUGCUGUCCUCCACAGGCAGACAUGUACGUAAUCUGGUACAGUGGAGAGACCACGUUGAGACCACCUGAUCAGACUGGUAGAAUGAAUACCCACUAUCACUGUUCCAACCACACUGGUAAAAAAAAAAAAAAAAAAAAAAAAAAGUCACCUGUUCUGUGGAUGUCAUUUCUAAACUUCGGAAAGUGUAAGCCGUUGCCUUU